GGCAGCCCAGCGGGCGAGGCAGGAGGCAAGCUCAGAGGCGAAGUAGCUGUGUUCGCUGCGGGUUCGGGACGGCCGAGGUUCCAUGGGGCCAUGGGGGUCGUGUAGGGCCCAGUGAGCACCAAAGGCGAGGGAGAGAGGGCAGUCCUUAUGGCAGCGACGAGCAGCAGUGGCAGCAGUGCGACGCCCGUGGUCGACGCCAUGGACGAAGAGGACCUUCUCCAUGUCGCGUAGGGCGCCGCCCCCCAUGGGCGCGGGCAAGGGGUCGGGCCGCCCGCCCGCCCUGCCCGCGCUCCUGCCCGCCUGCCUGCCCGCCCUGCCCGCGCUCCUGCUGGCAGCGGCCAUCUUAACGACGAUGCCCAGAGGGACCAUGCAGGGGCCGCACGAGAAACGGUUGCUAGAAGACCUCCUUGAUGAUUACAACGUCCUGGAACGACCUGUGGCCAACGAGUCGGAGCCUUUAGAGAUCAAGUUCGGGCUCACCCUCCAGCAGAUUAUCGAUGUGAAUGAAAAGGAUCAAAUUCUGACAACCAACGCUUGGUUGAAUUUGGAUGAGAAGAACCAACUCCUUAUUACAAAUAUUUGGCUUUCGUUGGAGUGGACGGACUACAACUUAAGAUGGAACCAUUCAGAAUACGGCAACGUUAAGGAUCUUCGCAUCACACCAAAUAAGAUCUGGAGACCGGAUGUACUAAUGUAUAACAGCGCUGAUGAGGGUUUCGACGGAACGUACCACACUAAUGUGGUGGUGAGAGAUUCAGGCAAGUGCCUCUACGUACCACCUGGCAUCUUCAAGAGCACAUGCAAGAUAGACAUUACAUGGUUCCCCUUUGAUGACCAACACUGUGACAUGAAGUUUGGUAGCUGGACAUAUGACGGCAGCCAGCUUGACCUCAUUCUCAACUCGGAGGAGGGCGGUGACCUCUCUGACUUCAUUACGAACGGGGAAUGGUAUCUACUGGGGAUGCCCGGCAAGAAGAACGUGAACAUGUACGCCUGCUGUCCGGAACCGUACGUGGAUGUGACGUUCACCAUACAGAUCCGGCGCAGGACGCUAUACUAUUUCUUCAACCUCAUCGUGCCCUGCGUACUCAUCAGCUCCAUGGCUCUUCUCGGGUUCACUCUGCCACCCGACUCCGGGGAGAAGCUCACCCUAGGGGUGACCAUCCUUCUCUCGUUGACAGUGUUUCUGAACCUGGUGGCUGAGACUCUUCCGCAGGUGUCCGAUGCCAUACCGCUGUUAGGAACUUACUUCAACUGCAUCAUGUUCAUGGUGGCCUCCUCCGUGGUAUUAACCGUGGUCGUGCUCAACUUUCACCAUCGCACUGCGGAUAUCCAUGAAAUGCCAGGAUGGGUCAAGAAAGUGUUCCUCCUGUGGCUGCCCUGGAUACUCUGCAUGAGCAGGCCAGGCAGAAAGAUCACCCGAAAGCAGUUGCUGAUGUCUUCGCGGAUGAAGGAACUAGAGCUGAAGGAGCGGUCGUCUAAAAGCCUCUUAGCCAACGUCCUGGACAUCGACGACGACUUUAGAAGAUCGCACGGUGUUCCUGGGGUCCCAAACAGCGCCGCCUUCAUGAGGACGGCCUCCACACUAGAAGAUGCGAGUUCUGGAAGUCCUGCAUGUCCGGUGGCAGCUCGUGAUCUACAGGCCAUUCUACGUGAGCUGCAGUUCAUUACAAAUCGAAUGAAGAAGAAUGACGAGGAGAUGGAGCUGAUUAACGACUGGAAAUUCGCCGCCAUGGUUGUGGAUCGAUUCUGCCUCAUCAUUUUCACCGUUUUCACCAUCAUUGCCACUGUUGCUGUGCUGCUAUCAGCUCCACACAUCAUUGUGCAGUGAUUCGAGCACUGCCUGGGUGCCUUAGUGGACCCUUUAAUUGGUUCUUUUAAAAUUUUUAGCAAACCUAGUCGUCUAGGUGAGCUAAAACCAGCAACAUUGUUCGCCAACCGGUGGCUGCGGAAGUUAGCUAGUACUUCAUCAUGACCGAGCGUACGUAGUCUGUACGGUUUGAAAUGGAAUCGCUAUGUUGAUUGUUUAAAAACCGUACUUUGGCAGACCAAACUUUUUGGGGUCCUAUCAGGCCAUUUAUGAACAGACUUGCUGUUCGUUACUGUGUCGGAAUCCUCAAAUGUAUGCACCUAUUUUCAUUUCCUGUGUUGGAAUAUCUAUUUGCUCAUUAAUACAAUUUUCAUUGCCAUUUGUCCUUUAGUGAACGAAACCGUGUAGUGCUUGAUUAAUCAAAUUUGCCCAAGUUUAUUUUAAUUUGUAUUUUCCUACUGUGUGGUGCAUUCUAUGAGGUCCGGCAUAUUUUGUAUUUUUUUAGACAAGCUUUUACGUUUUGUGCGCUAGUGCGGAAAACGACAAACAGAUCCCCGUAAGUUUGUGAGGGCCGAAAUUUGUUUUGUCGGGUAGGGGUGUCUUCGGGUCCGAGCCAUGCCUCGUUGGCUGAGCCAAGCCUCGUUGGAUGAGCCAAGCCUCGCUGGCUGAGCCAAGGCUCAUGCCUCGCUGGCUGAGCAAGCCAUUUGCUGAGUCAUGCGCCGUUGAAUGUCAGGGCCGGGACCAGAAGAGAGCGGCAGUGCAGCAGGUCUGCGUCUGCGCCUCAUUGGGGGUGGCCUUAAGCCCGCCUCUUCUCUCCAGCAUUCUUUUUGUAAGAUUUUUGUCAAGCAUUUUGAUUUUUAAGUCUGGCCCUUGCCAGCUCACAUCCAUGCCCUGUACUUGUUAUGUUAAUCUGUCGUAGGUUGUAUCGCCGUGUGAUUUGUUUGCGGCAUUUUCGGUGUAGUUUAAGUGGACUGAUCACAUUUAUAAUUUAUUUUAAAAAGUCGUAUUUCGUUGUAAUACUAGUCGGAAAGAGGUAAAUCAAAAAGGUGCAUGAUUCGUUACUCGACGGGACUAAGCCCGCUUGCGAGGGGGCAAUAACUCCGGGAAUCAUGUGUACACCUGUCUGGGAAUCAUCAGGUUAAAAAUUGAUCAAAAUCAAUAGAAAUCGCUUAGAAUAAGCGGGAAACUAGAGAAAUAAGUACAAAUCAGUCGAAAUAAGCGUUUUAUACCACUUAAACCCCCCGAAAAACCUAUGUAAUAAUUAUAAGCGGACGGGAAUCACCGGGAAUCAAGAAUUUCGGGAAUCAUGUGUACACUUCAAAAGGGAGUUAUUGCCCCCUCGCCCGCUUGCCUCUCCUUUGCUUCCGACGAGUUUGUAAAAACUUCACUUUUUUGUUCCUUCGAGAUUUAAUUGUAAGCCCCUCUUGUGAAGUCGCGGCCCAAGCAAACAAGAAGGGUAGGCUUAGCUCUUUUGGAGGUCACUCUAUGCCAGUCCUUACCAAUUCGCUAGUGCACUCUGUGAUUUUGGAUGGAAUUUAUGUGAUGGUGGAACAAGCUGGCCUCUUCGUGAAUACUCCAGGCGGGUCCUAUAUUCAUAGCCGGGAGGCCAGUGCAACUCACAUACCAUUAUUAUGAGUAUUUAUACCAUUAUUACUACUAUAAUUUGUAUGUUGAAUACUUAAAUUCUAGUCAAAAUACGGAAAACAUGUUUUAUAUGUUAUGUGAACUGGUUUUUCCAGUUGCUUCCAUUAAGUAAACGGGAAAAGGCUCAAUUAUUAUUAUUAUAAAUGAUUGUAUAAUUUUUUCAUAUUCACUGGACAACAGAUGUAUUCUUGUGUGUAAUUCUCCGCAUUAUUUUUGUGUUCUCUGUAUUGUGCAAGGCUCAUUUGCUGGUCCAAGGGUUGCGCCUGGUAGUCCGCUUUUGGCGGUGUUGACCAAUAUGUUAAGAGUUGUUGUUGUGGAACAGUUAUAAAGAUCAUUUUGUUCGUUAAACGGUGCUACAAGGCCUGGCCCUCCAGACGGACUUUGUCACACUCUGCCGUCAGCAGCCGUCUUAAAAUUUAAAUUAAGCAUUGGCCCUAAUGUGUGACUUAACGUGUGACGUAACGUUAUCACUGCCAAGACCACAAGGGAAAUCGUUUGUUUUCUAUUGUUCGGUCUUCUCCUAACGUUGAUCGCCAUGUCUUGCCAUCCCCGUUGGCUAGUUGUUUCUGAAAAAAGGAAAGUUCGACUUUUGACCGCCGAGUGUGACACGUUCCUUACAGCGCAGCCUUGCUCAACGGGCGGUUACCCUGCUUGCAAUAUGGCCGUGCCAUCUCAUUGGUUAGCAUCUUUGAAUUGAAUAUACAGGCACCUCUUUGUUACGUCAAGGCCCUCAUCGUUAUGUUUAUCAAAUUCUAAAAGUAAAUUGUAACUAAAAUAUAGGCCAGGGUAAUCGUCUUUUGAUAUGUGUGUUAGAUAGACUAGUUAUUGGCCAGAGGCAGUGAGCGGGUGUGUCGCCCAUCUUCGGAGAACCACCACCAUUUUCAUCCACGCUAGUCAGGUUUGAAUUGAAUCGAAUUAUUCUCUUGACCCCGGUGGCAUCGGUACAGGUGUUGAAAAUGUGUACGACUUUUGUCAGCCCGGUCAUCACGGAGGCGUCGUGGAUUGCUGGUAUAUCACUGCCUUUUAACUUUCUUUCAUAGUCAUGUAUGGUGGUUGAUUAUGGUGGUGGGUUAACUAUUGUACGGGUCGGGCAGCAUCUGUUGGAUGGCAGGUUACCCUCGGACAUACCACUAUCCAUACUUAUUUUCUUUUUGGUCAGACCCACAACAUGUAUUUCUUGGUUUUAUUUCAUUUCAAGAACUUUACUAACCUACGUAUGUUUCCCAGAGACAUAAUAAUUGAGCUCGGAGCCCAAACGUUAUUGCAUACAUACUAGAAAUUGGCUUUUAAUGCUACUUCUAUUUACAUCACAGCAAUGUAAAUAAAAGACUCAGUCCCAGCUGUUAUACUUGUACGCAUCUUCGGCGAAUUUUCUCAGACAGGCAUCUAGUUAGACGUCUUUUAUUCUUAACUAUCUACUAUAGAUUUAACUGCGUGCUAGACAUGUGGCCUCGCCUUCAACAGCAUUGUCUUUUAAGUAAACAUUUAACUGAAUGCGUUAUCUUUAGCACCCCCAAACGAUACCCGCUGCUAGAUGUCUAUUAGUUCAUUCAAAAGGCGUCCUAGGGAUUGUGACCGCGCCCUGAUCCCGGCCCUUGCCCUAACCCCGCCGCUGCCUCGCUCAAACUAAACGCUAAAUUGAACAAGGGGGACUUCCAUGCAGCCACAUGCACCAAUUAAUAAACUGAGUUCCGUUUUAAACUGCAUGGAGAACCCCUUUUCGACUAAACAAAGGGAUGUUCUAAUCCCUACUAAUUACUGUGCCAACUAAACGAACAAAAGUGAUUAAAUUUGCAAUAUUUGUAAAUGUGUAAAAAAAACUGUGUGUAAAUAUAAGCAAAAAACUUUUUGCAGUGAUAUAUAUUGUAUAAAGUACGCUAAUUAAUAUGAGAAUGUGUUUUUACUGUGUAAAUAAUGAUUACUAUUUGUGUCGUGCGUAGUCUAAAUAAAGUUGUUUUUUAAAAUGACACUCGUCGUGGCGGUGCGAGGGGGGUCACUCCACCUCCUGGCCGGAGAAUUCGUCGCAGCGAUAUGCCACAAACUUUAUCGGCCCGCUAUGUGGCUCUAGUAUUUUUACGGUUGUCUAGGUUUUAGCGCCGAUGAAUUUCCUUUCCUGUCCUUGAAUGGGUGUGACGAAUGGGUUUGUAAACGCGUGCGUGCGUGUGUGAGUGCGAGUGAGAGCGGUCCCUUUCUUCCUCUACUUUCUCCCUCGCUGCCGGCAAAGCUGUGCCCAGCGGAGGCAUCGUCACGAUGCUGAAAUUUGUUUCGUUGACGAUUGAUUGACAAGUGUUUUAUUAAUUAAACCAUUUUUACCAAAACGCUCA